AAUUCCGCAAGGCAACAGGCCACAACAAAGUCUCGCGCGCUUAUUAAAGCCAUUGUGCUUUUCGCCUUCGGAAGUCGCAGCGGGCCUUUGUUGGCGACAUGCGCGUGAAAACGCAUUGAGCAACGAUUUUGCAUUGACAACGAAACGCUUGGCAACACGACAAUGCUCGCUUGCGCACAGUCUUCCAUGGGACGGAGCAUUAUAAGACCAACGGCACAGCCCGUUGCUCUCCAGCUCCGUUCGCGACUGCAUCGCUCGAUAUAUUAAGGACAGGUCCUUCAGCUUCCCUGGCCGAAUCAGUAUCCGUCGUAUACACCCUACGCACGGCUCUCAAGCACCAAGUGACGAUGUCAGCGAACGUCUCCCCAUCUUCCUCCGAUUACUCUCGCCCUACGUUACCUUCACUCCAUUCCCUCGGACUCCCACAACUUGUCGCAGGAACUUCAACAUUAGCAGAUAGUUGUCACGAUGAGGAGGUCAGAUAGCAACAGCCACCCAUCUGAUUACGUUAAUUCAUCCUUUCCUCCAGAUUCCUCAACGUGAACUUGGCGAUGGUACAACCCGGCAGCGCGCCCGCCAGAAUUCCAUCUCUUCCAUGACAUCAUCCUGUACGGACACAUCCGCACGCUCAGCCUCGCCUUCAGCUUCGGACUCGGGUUUUUCGGAAUCCAGCCAUACGUCGGCGUCCUCAUCGCCAGCCCGUCGUCCCUCCAACUCGUUCCGCCUCGUGCGCAGCACCGUUGAGGAGGCCAACGCCUUCAUACUCGUACCAGCUCCAGUGCCCUACGUCGAGAGCAUAUCGUCUCUUGCACGCGCCAAAGCCCCAUCGAACCCAAAGUCACGACAGGCUCGAGCCCUGCUCCUCGUAGGCCCCGCCCUUGAGUACCUCCGGCAUCCGAGAGUCCGCAUCGCCAAGGGCGCACGAGUGCAUCCAUAUCGUGUAGUUCCUCAUUGUUCACGACGUACUGAGAUGAGCACUCCCUCUGGUUCUCGGAUUUAAAAUCUUGGAAGAGACGUGUUGUGUCUCGACGCCGCCUCGCCUCUGUACAAACGGCUGUGACAUCUAGAUAUUGUAUACACAUACGAGGGAGUAAUUGGCAUAGACGUACUUGUUUGUUGUAUUCACACCUCAGGCUUGAAGUUUAUAUCUCAUCUUCACUGAAUGCUACACCUGCCGAAUUGGGAUGUUG